CGUCAUGCUUGGUAAAGCAAAGGAUAAUCAGUUAAUUAACUGUAAAAACCAUAUGUUGGAGUUUAAGGAAAAUAUGCAACGUUUAAAAAACAAAACUGAAAAUAAUAGCCAAGAGAUGAUGAAAGUCUUAAAUAAAGUGAAGCGUGAAAUUACACAGAGAGAAGAUCUAUCGAGAAACUUAGUUGUUGAGAAGAAAGUGGAUACGCUGGGUAAGAAUGAAGUAGUAUCUGAUACAUUUGAAGACUUAAAGUUUUUUUUACCUCAUCUAAGGAAAGCAGGCAAAAUUUAUCCUGAAGUAAUCAUUGGCAAAGGGAAAACAGGUGUUUCUUUUGCAGUAGGUAUCUCUACUGUUAGCAGAGGAGAGUAUAGUUACCUGAAGCAAACACUGACCUCUGUUGUGUCCAGGAUGACUCUUGCAGAAGAGAGGAACUCUGUGGUGAUUGUCUCUGUUGCAGAUAGUAAUGAAGAAUAUUUAAAUUCUGUUGUUAAGAUGAUUAAAAAGAAAUUCAAAAGGCAAGUGAUGUCCGGAUCCUUAGAGGUCAUUUCAAUACCAACCUUUUUUUAUCCCAACAUGUUAAAUGGCAAGCAAACAACUGAGGAAUCACCAAAUAGCAUGAGUCAGCAAGUCAAACAAGUACUGGAUUUUUGUUUUUUGAUGCUCUAUGCCAAACCUAAGGCCAUGUAUUAUUUACAGCUAGAAGAUGAUAUCAUAGCUAAAUACAUGUACUUUACAAAAAUAAUGAAUUUUGUACAUAAUAUCUCUACAAAUAAUUGGUUUUUUAUUGAGUUUUCAAUUCUUGGAUUCAUAGGAAAGCUGUUCAGAUCUGAGGACUUACCUGACUUUGUACGUUUUUUUUUAAUGUUCUACAAAGUUAAACCCAUAGACUUGCUCUUGGAUGACAUUUUUCAGUUAAAGAUGUGUAAACCACAGGAGAUUUUUAAAGAAUGUUUAAAAAGAAGUAAGCAAGUUCGUAUUCAAUAUAAACCUUCUCUUUUCCAACAUGUGGGUAUACAUUCAUCAUUCCCUGGAAGAGAACAAUAUUACAAAGAUAUCUAUUAUUAGGAGUCUCAUCAUUGUAACAGCUUCUUUAAAAGUUAUCAGAAUCAUUAUCUGGAAAAAAAGGCAUAACAAGGAUUAAACUAUUUCUUGACUUUCUUCAUAGCGGA